AUGAAUUACAGUGACUCUGUGGAAUGGGAGCGCAAGAAAGAUUUUAUAAUUCGCAGUCUGUUUGUCGAUCUUCCAACCCUAUCACCGGUCCCUGAGGAAGAGCAUUCACCAAGAGAGUCAGUGAGAGCUGUCAGUCCUUUACCACCCCUCAUUAUAGAAAAGGAGCCAAAUCGCCAUGAUGAGCCAGAAGAAUUCUACCAAGAAUUGGAAAUAAAAAUGCGUAAACUGUAUAGGAAAUUAUUCUUAAACGAUGACAGCAUUUCUUUGGAUGAUUUAGAUGAUUUGUCUUCUUAUUUGGUACCUGAUUUUCAUUUUGUCUCCGAGCGGUAUGAUCAGAUGUCCGUGGUUGAUUACGUGCACAAAAUUGAUAAGGUUCAGGGUAAAACGAAGAUUACUGAUAAGCUUACUACUAGCUUUUGUACUGAACAAGCCAAUGACUCUGAAAGGAAAGAAAUGAAACAGAUCAAAGUUAAAUAUGAAGAUGUUACAGAACCAGGCGAUCAAGAAACAUUGUCGGAACAAUCUUCUAAUUGUUUAAGACAAAUCAUUUGCAAAGCUGAUGUACAUAAUGAGGCAACAGAUGUAGAGUCUGAUUUUAGUUUGAUUUAUGAGGACGAGAAGGUUUAUAGUUUUAAGAAAAGUUUUGUUUCAACGAAUGCUUAUCAUAGCGGGAAAGUUGUUGAGAAGAAAGAACCUGAUGCUGAUCAAACAGAUGAAAGAGAAGCUUCAUCAGACGGGACGGAGAAAAGAACUAAUUCCAUUCAAGAAAUUAUCAAUUUGGACACAUCAGAUGAUGUUGAAAGUAGUAGAUCUAUUGAAGUAGUGAGAUCACAAAUCGUUAGAAGACAAUCAAUGGGAACUGUUCAUGCAUCAGAAGAUAGUUCACAGAAUGAAGUUAAAGAGAAUACUGAUUUUGGUUCGAGAAAAAUGUCCCAGAUACACUGCACAAAUGACGAAUGGGAAGAUGUUUCCACGUCAGAAGUAAGCGGUCAGUCAUUCCAUGCUGACAUAAAAUUAUGCUCACUGUCGUCUGAAAACAGAAAUACAUAUACUUUUAAUAUGGAAUCUGAAAUAAUCUCUCCACCAUCGCCUUUCAAAGAUAAACAGGAACAAAUGUCAUAUACGUCUACAGAAGAUUCAAAUCAAAAUUCAGAGACGUAUAUACUUAAUUUGGGUAUGAGACUUUCCACUUCCGUUGAAUCAGACAGUAACCAAAAUAAAAGUGAUGAAAUAGCAAAUUUGUCAUCGGAAAAUAAUAUUGAAUCAAAUGAACUUGAAGAGAUGGGAAUUACGUCUACUCCACUAGUAGGCCGUAUAAUAGAUAAUACUGCGACUGAGCUUAAUAGAUCAGGGGAAAGGAAAUCUCAACGAGUACAUUAUAAAAGAGUAACAUCAACACCCAUACCAAAUCCUAUAGUUGACGGCACUGAAAUCGAAAUAAAUAAAAUAGAAGAAAAAGAAUUAUUCACACCCAUAAUAGAUCCAUUGAUAGAUGAGACAGAGAUUGGACUUAACAGAGCCAGGGAAGGAAGACAGCAAGUAAUUAUUAGAAGGAUAACGUCAACACCCAUAAAAGACCCUAUAAUCGAUAACUCUGCAGGCGAAGUUAGCAAAAUAAAAGAACGAAAAUAUCAGCAAGUAAUUAUUACAAGGGCUACGUCGACUCCCUUACCAGAUCCUGUAGUUGAAAACACUACGAGCGGAUUUAACAGAAUAGAAGAAAGAAAUUCUCAGCAGGUACAUAGUAUAAGAGUAACGUCAACUGCCUUACCAGAUUCUAUAGUCGAUGACACUGCGAAUGAAAUUAACAGAACAGAAGGAAGAAAACCUCAGCAAGUUAACAAUAUAAAAAUGACGUCCACUCCUAUACCUGGUUCAAAUGAGAUAGAGACUCGGUUAAACAGAGCAGAAGAUAGGAAAUCCCAGCAAGUAUAUAGUAUAAGGGUACCAUCGACACCCGUAGUGAAUCCUGUUCUAGAUGAUAAUGCAACCCAACUUAAUAGCACAGGAGAAAGUAUGCUGCAGCAAGAAAUCGCUACAGAAAAAGCUUCGACUACAAAAUCAUUUCCUAUAGUUGAUGGAACAGAGAUGCAACCUGUGCAAGCAAGAACAAGAAAAAGAAAACAUCGGCGUGUACAUUGGGAGGAUUUAAAAUCCAAUUUAUUUGUGGGAACACCCAAGAUAUUUAAGUUAUGCUCCUGUAAAGAUCAUGUUUGUAGUGAUUAACUUUAUAUCUAAUUAUUGCAAAAUGCAUUAGGACUUUUUUAUUUUGUCCUUUUUUGAUCUUUGAUUUUAUAUUUACGAUUGUGGUUUUUUUUUUUUAUUUUAUUUUGAUACGGUCUUUUACAUAUUUCUUGUUUGUUUCAUUACAUAUUAUGCUCUUUGAUUUGUAUUGGCACCGGAUGAUUCCCUACUGAGUUAUUGUUGUCUUCCUUAAAAAUUCUCCUAUUGUUACUGGUUGGACCAAAUUGAAAUUAUGUAAGACGAUAAGUAAAAAUAAAGAACGUAAGGUUCUUAUAUAUAUAUUUGGCCAUAUUGCGUGGAAGUUGAUUUGAAAAAUUAAGUUGUACUUAUUAAGUAAUAAUAAAAGUAAAAUAUAAACAAGUUAGAUAUCUAAAAGAAAAUAUUAUUAGAAGUCGAAAUCGAAAUAUUUUUUUAUUA